CGCAAAUCUGAAGACAUUACAUCAGCUUCACGAAAAGGGCUCAGGCAUCUGCCACCUCUAGCUGUUCAUCCUUCAUUAUUCUUCGUCAUUAUUCAAUCAACAACGUCGAAGAUAUAAAUUCCACGACCAGCCUACUUACCUGUCUAGCCCGCUACCACCUAAUCCUGACAAUGCAUUUACUCAAUGCAGACAGCCGCUGUGCGGGUGGACGAGCGUUAAAAAAAUGCGCCUCAUGGACUGAAUGGACUGAUAGAGAUGAAUUGAUCGAGACCAAGCCCCCACCCCCUCUCCUUUUUUUUUUUUUUUUUUUUUUUUUUUUUUGA